AUGGACAGCGAGGAAACCCCGCCACACAUUAUGUAUCAGCCCCCAUCGCCUAUCUUCGAUGUUCCCGAAUUUCCAUCCCUCAGGAGAGUCAAACCAUUGCCCAAGCGUAGACGCACGUCCGUCGACGCACCGAGCGCGGCGUCCCACCCGCUCACCGGCGGCUUGCUGCCCUCGAUCCUGCCGACUCCACCAGGGCCGGAUGCGACGGCGGAGGAGCUAAUCGCACACGCCGAGGAGCUCUCUGCGCAGAUGGCGCUCCAGUCCUACUACAUGCCGAUCGUCGGCGGCGUGCAGGACUUCGGGCAGCCCGACUCGGCGCUUUUCGACCGCGGCGGGGCAUCGCCCGCCAUCGACUUUGGCCUGGCGUUCGGCACACGCGGGUGGGACUUGGGCGAGCAGGAGGAGGGCGACUACGUCGACCAUCUGCCGCAGCCGGGGAACACAAAGAAGAGGAAGGUGCCAGCGAAUCAGUCUGGCUCGCGGGGCGAACUCGACUCGGUCGACGGGCGGUUGGGCGGGGAGGAGGAGCCGGCGGACAGAGCGAUCUUUGUGGGCACGCGGCAGGACGACGAGGCGAUGGAUAUGCUGCGGGCACCGUCACCCGUGGGCGGCGGGGCGCUGCGGAGGCGGGGGCGGAUGCUGCCGGCGACGCUCGUGGGGCUGCAGCAUAAGGAGAUGCUGAAGAGUAGGAAGCGGCAGUUGGCCGCCGUGCUCGGCGCGCUGUCUCAUGGCGACACGCUCGCUCUAGACCAAGCGCUGUCAGCGCAUUACCCGCUCCUCGCCGCCGCCGCAUCCAAUGCGCACGCGAGCACGCGCGGCGCUGACUGCAAAGACGCGGAUCGCAGGCCUCGCGUACGGAGACGAGCACCGCGCACCGCGCGCCGCAUGCUCAUCCAGAACACGCCGUUCUCGUACGAACCUACUCUCCCGGCGGUCGACUUCACGUUCGUCUGCCACAGCACGACUUCGGAGCGGCUGGUCGCCACCCGGGAGGAGGUCGCGGUGCUUCACGCCCGCUUCGAGGUCGAGCUGGCCCGGCAGGCCGCCAAAACCGCCGAGGCAGCGCAGCCUCCCGCCACCUCCGCGUCGGAGGAUACACCUUCGAAGCAGCUUGAUCACGCACGGCAGAAAGCUCGCACAGGCCCGUCGGCCAAUCAGGCUGCGGACCUGGCGCCGGAUCCGAUGCUUGGCGUCACCAAAUCUCGAGGGAAGAAAAAGAAGCGAUCGGCGCUCGCGAACGCGUCCAACCCCCACCACCUGCGCAACUACGUGCCUUCCCGCCUCCCAAACCAAGGACAGAUCAACGCUGCCCAGACCCAGGCCAACACGCAGAACUACAUCAGCCCGCUGCCUCUCCGCUUCUUGUCUGCCCAGAUCCCCUCGCGGCGUAAGGACGACCGCGCGCGCACGCCGCUGUCGUCGCUGGUGGAUCCCGCGGACGAAUGGAUCUGUCCGUUCUGUGAGUAUCAGCUAUUCUAUGGGGACGAGCACGCGUAUCGGCGUGCGUUGAAGGAUCGCAAGAAGAUCCUAAAGCGGCGACGAAGGGCACGGGAGCGUGCGGCGGCCGCGGCCAGUGGAAACAGUGCCGCAUUGGACAAGGCACCAAAAGACGAAGCGGACACGGAAUAUGAGCCGGAGCUGACCGCUCCCGCUGCUGCGCCGAAGCAGUCUAGAUCCAAGGGGGAGAGGCAGAAGGAAGGAGAUAGAGGUGGGGAUCAUGCGCACGGGCGAGACGGGUGCUUGGAAUGCGGACGGAGAGCGACGAAGACGUCCGAUUCGGAUCCCCCGGAAUGGGGAUUUACGAUAGAAUCUAUCCAGAUAUGGCUAGAUAGCGACGAAAAGGGGGAUGGCGCGCGAACGAUUCCCGAAAAGGCUAUAUAUUUCACGAGCCGCUCGGGGGUCAGCUACCCGAAAAGUCAGGAACACCAAGUCCGACUAGGUUCCGUCAGGAGCAUCGGGAGAUCUCAAUCCCCGUCCACCGACACGAUCCGGGACACCUCCAACAGCUCUCAACCCAAGGAGCUCGGCGUCUGGCCCCUUGAGUAUUUGCAAAAGUUUAACUACGGUUGA